AAACAUAAUACAGUGCAAACAAACCCAACCAACCAUCCACAGAUAACAGUACAUACAAGCAAGCGUCGUCAGGCAGGCCGAGUCAAUAUCAAUUUGGCAGGUAGGUACAGGGGGAGCAAGCGGAGAAUGGUCGGGGUCACAGGCCAGGUUCAGCAGGUAGCAAGCAGCGUAGUACAGAGGGUCAGGCAGAGGGAUGGUCAGGGUCACAAGCCAGGGAUCAGAACAGGAGAAGUCAGCAGAGGUCAGGAUCAGGCAGGGUCAGCAACAAGUCAGGCAGAAACAGCAACAGGAACGCAGGUUACAAGAUACAGGGGCCCAUGGAAAAACACACACCAAGGCACAGACUGCAGGUCUGGCCAU